GGGAACAUAGGUGUGCAUUUUUCUUCUUGCGUUAGUAUUCAAACCGGCUAGCAUUAGGUAGCACCUUCACGCCUCUCUCUGCGGCACAGCUGGUUCAGCUGUCAGGAUCCUCUUAGCCCUUCCCUGGAGCCCCUGUAGACUGAUCCCGGCUGAAAACCUGGGCUAAAACCACAACCUGAGCAUCGGAGACGGCUCCACAACUCCCUGGAUGUUUGAUGCUCUUCCUGUUUGCACCUGCUGAGAACUUUAACCAGAUGACUGACGAGCCAUCCCAACCAGUCUCCUGCCUAUUUUGUUAAAGACUUUUCCACCGUGGCCCCACCUGGAAGAGGCUCCUUGCGGUGACGGCCUUUAGACCUGUGGAUUUAUUCUAAGCUCCUCACCAGCUGACACCGUGAAGCCCCAUGGUUGUCUUUGCCCCUCUGGAAGCUGAACCGAUUCUCCUGGCACUCGGCCUAGAGGGCCAUGGGUUGGUGGAACCCACUAACCAGCUGGAUGUUUGGAUUCUCCUUGAUGACCCUGCUGUGGGUCACAUCAGCCAGGAAACCCAGAGACUCCAUUCGGCAGGUAGAUAUCACGUGUCCCUGGCCCGAUGGUCACCGGCAUGCACGGAGCUACCACCAUCUGGAAGGUGAUGUGCGCUGGCGGCGUCUCUAUUCCUCCAAUCAUUUCUUCCUAUGCAUUGGCGGUGAUGGCAAAGUUGAAGGGACACGCUGGAAAGAGAACCUGAACAGCAUCGUGGAGAUCCGUUCUGUACAGGUGGGGACCGUGGCCAUUCGAUCCAUCCACAGUGGCUUCUACUUGGCAAUGAACCGAAAAGGGAAAGUUUAUGGAACGAAAGCAUACAGCCCCAACUGCAAGUUCAAGGAACGUAUUGAAGAGAACGGUUACAAUACCUAUGCCUCUUUCCAUUGGCACCACGAAGGGCGACCCAUGUUCCUCUCCCUCAACAGGAAAGGACUGCCACGACGAGGGACGAAGACCCGCUGGCAACAUCCCUCCACCCAUUUCCUGCCAAUGCUCAUGUCAUGAAGGAGGAACAACUGUGGACUACUUGAUCAACUGUGCACUAUUUUUCUUUUUUUUUCUACGACCCGGUAAUCUCUUAAUUCGGGGUAGAAUCGGAGCAGCUGGAUGGAGCUGAUCAUUUACUGGCCAGGUGCCUAUGUUGGAGUUUGCAGCAGAUAUUUUCUCUUUGUGCCCUGAGAGAGAAACAUCUGUCCCUCCCUAGGAUUGAACUCUCAACCUUCCGAGUGGGAGGCAAACGUCUUCACCACUAGGCCACCGUGCCUCUCAACUGUGCACUACUAUGUGAUGUAUUUAAGAAUUGUGGGGGGGUGGGGGUUAUAUUUAUUUUUUGUAAAAAAUAAAAAGAAAAUGAAGGAAAAGCAGCUUGGAAUUCAACAGAAUAAAGACCAUUAGAAAAGAUGAAAGAGGUUUGCUUUCAUUUGCUUUCUCUUCACUGUGUGUAUUUUACCUUUUACUGUUUAGUUUACCUCUUGAAUCUGUGAGCAAAAUUCAUCUUGAGGGCCUACCGAACCUAGCUGCCCAGCCCCUCGUCACAGGAUGGAGGGCCAGUCUGCUGCCCGCUAGGUGUAGAGAAUCCAAAGGUUCAGAUCUCCCUGCCUGCUUUGGUCAGCAAGGCAAAAGUUGGCAAUCUUGGCAGCUGGGAACUAUGAGUCUAGGGAGGGCGAUGCAGAAUGAGUGGGGUUGCAUCACAUCUGAGGGGAAGAGGUAAGGUUUUCUGGUUUUGCAUGAAUUGGGUAAAGCAGAUGGAAGGAAGGGUCUGUUUAUCUACAUCUGUCUGUCUCCUAUUUCUAUCAUCUAGCU